AUGCACGUAAAUAAAAAAAGACUUGAAGGUGCACAGAGAGUCAUGGCUUUGAGGGUCUGCUCGGCGUAUCGGACAACUUCAACUGAAGCAGCCUUGGUGAUAUCGAGUCUGGUGCCCUUGCAUCUUCUCUCAAGAGAAAGAGAACGACUCUUUCUCAAGGGUGAAGUACAAACCAGGGCAAGCAGAGAGAUGGAGAGAAAUCUGUGUAAAAUUGGAAAGAGGGAAGUCGCGGAAUGCCGAUACUGUGCUGAACCCAAUGAUACUCCAGAACACACAAUGUUUGCUUGUCCAAGAUGGGAACAGGAAAGAUGUGAGGCACGCAUGAUGAUUGGUGGCAACAUCUCCGCUGAUACCUUCUUAAAAUCGAUAACAGAAAGAAGAGAAAACUUUGAAGGCAUCUCAAAACUGGCCCAAAAUAUACUAGAGGCAAAAUACAGCGAAGAGCAGGGGUAA